UAUAUAAAGGGCGAUCUGCACACGCACACGCACACACUCGCACGCGCGCACACACACACACACACACACACACAUGCACAGAGCGCGCGCUGAGAGACAGAGAAAGAGAGAGCCUUGAUAAUUGCUGGAUGCGCGACACGAAUCCGGUCGGCGAAAAAAAAAAUUAAAAAAAAAAAUUCCGGUUCACCGAUCUGCACGAGACCGAGCCUUCGUCCCUGUCGUUAAAGCGUGCAUCCGUUGUCACAUCUGCUAAAUCCGCCGUGCACAACUCUCACCGGGAGGUAGAGGAGCACGACCCGUUUAAUCCCUCUGAAAUAAAAGAAGAGAAUUCAGGGAAGCCUCAAGAGAUGCCAAGAAGAAGCGGACUUUGGUUGCCGCUGCUGCCGCCGCUGCUACCGCUGCUCUUGCUCGUGCUACCGUUCGGGCUGCCGGUCGUCGCAUCGGCGCACGAGCAGGAGGUGAACGAGUCGUACACGCCGCGGAGAGCGCGCGCCUCCGCCACCAACAGCCCCGCGGAUGUUGUGCGCUGUUUGAAUAGUGCCCUCCAAGUGGGCUGUGGUGCCUUCGCUUGUCUGGAGAAUUCCACGUGUGAUACAGAUGGAAUGCAUGACAUCUGCAAGUCCUUUCUCUACAGUGCUGCUAAAUUCGACACUCAGGGCAAGGCCUUUGUGAAGGAGAGCCUAAAGUGCAUCGCCAAUGGCAUCACCUCCAAGGUCUUUCUCACUGUGCGCCGGUGUACCACUUUCCAGCGGAUGAUCUCGGAGGUUCAGGAGGAGUGCUAUACCAAGUUGGAUAUCUGCACUGUGGCCAAGUCAAACCCAGAAGCCAUUGCAGAGGUAGCAAAACUGCCCAGCCACUUCCCUAACAAGUUUUAUGGGAAGCUGCUGCAGAGUUUAAUGGACUGCGACGAGGAAACGGUCGACCUGUUGAGGGUGAAUCUGAUGGCCCGGUUGGGGCCUGAGAUUGCCAUGCUCUUCCAGCUUCUUCAGAACAAGCCUUGCCCAUCCACUGCUGUGCCCACUGGGGUGGAGACUCAAGGAGGAUGGCACUGGCCCGCCAGUCCCCACCCACACAAGAACCAGCCUCAUCUACGCAACAGGGACGCGGCCAAUCUAUUCAGCAAGAAACGCAACAUGGACAACAGCUCUUAACAGCUCCCAGCCAUGUUUCUUCUUCGUACCAAACCUAGAGGUUGUGCACAAUUUUGCGAAACAAAAAAAAAACUAAACAAAACACAUUAGUGGCUCAAUCACCAUCAGAGUGCAGGAAUAAUGUUAAUUCUCUUGAACAGGAAAAAAUGCACCUAUAAGAAAAUAGCUUGAAUGUCAAACGUUUCUAUUCAUCGACUUUAGAUUUCAUUUGUAUUGUCAUAGGAAGGGACUAGUUUACCAGCUAAGCUUUUUUUUUUUUUUUUUUCCUAUUUAGAAACAGACCUAAGCACAGAUUAAGUCUCUUUUACAAGCUCAGUGUAAAAUCUAAAAAAAAAAAAUAUUCAGGCCAUUAUGUAGUAAG